AUUAGACGAAGGUAACGUGGAAAUGCGUAAUGGACUUGAGAAGUGCAAUUAGGGCUUGUGGUGAAAUGGACGCCAUAGAUUGCAAUUGUCGUCUGGAUUGGCUCUACGUGGGCAGGAAACAUUUCUGCAUUUUCUUACGGUUCAUUUGUUCAAGAUCCAUGGGACAAGGAGCCCGUGUGCAGGCAUCUUAUGCAUUAUAUAUUUCAGCAUUUGUGUGACAAUACAGGUGGAAUUUAUUCCUUUUGUUUCUUUAAUCUGCUUGCCUCUCUGUAUAUCUCUAUAUAUAUAUACAUGUACAUUUGCUCAUUUGGGAGAAAAGGCAAGAAGCACUUGACAUCUUAUAUCAAGAAUUCGACACACUUUCAGUCUUUAAUUCUUCUGCUAAAGAUGGCUACUUUCCACACUCGAUCAAACAGUUUUCCAUCACAAUCUCAUCCUGCGAUGGGAUCCGUUGAGGAUCAGCUGAACAGGUUGAAGUCCUCGGAAGCAGCAUCGACAUCAGCCUCUUGUAUAUGUGUAAACUUAGAUGGCCUCAGAAUCUUGCAUGAGGGCAUCGAUGACCUGAUUCAGAUGUCUUCAAUCCAACAAGCUCUUACCCACGAGAAAGGUCAAGAAUUGAUAAAUGGGCUGCUCGAGGGAUCUCUCAAGCUUGUGGAUCUUUGUGGAUUUUCGAAAGAGAUUGUAGGAUCAAUCAAGGAAUCUAUUCAAGUUCUCGAAUCCUCAUUGAGGAGGCAUAAAGGCGAAGCAACCUCAGCAGUUGACUUCAAUUCUUACGUCGCCUCAAGAAACAAGAUCAAGAAGAUGGCCAUCAAGUAUGCCAAGAGUUUGACGAGGUUCAACAAGAAAUCUACAGAAGUCGCAGCCUCAGAUGGUGAUCUUAAUGCAGUUGGAACUAUGCUUAAAGAAGCAGAGGCUCAUGCUUUCUCGGCGCUAAGAUCUGUAUUGAUGCUUGUGUCCGGGGAAAAGGAAAAAUUGAACCAAAGAAACUGGUCAUUCCUUUCAAAGUUAACAAAGACCAGCCGUGUGCAUUCAGAAGUCGAGCAAGAAAGCAGCGUCAAUGAUUUGUUUAACAUUCCCAAGUCACAAAAAGGCGUAGAUGGCAUUAAUCUGCAGAAUACAUUGAAGCAGUUGAGAGCAUCAGAAUUAAUGAUUCAGGAACUUGAAGAGGGAUUGGAAGCCCUGUUUAGAAGUUUAGUCAAAACUCGGGUUUCUCUCCUCAAUGUUCUUAGUCAUUAGACCUGUUUAUACUCCUGUACAUAUCCAAAGAAUCAAUACAGAUACUUGAUCAAUACAAUUCAGUACUUGAAUUAUU